AUGCGCAAUGCUCAGGCAAGCGAGAUCCAACAAAAACGUAAUCUUGAAAAGGCCGAGAGGGUUGCAGGCGCUACAGCUGAGAGCACUCCUCAAGAUGGUCUAUCUAGCCGCCAGCGAGCGGGCGUCUCGUAUAGUAAACUCGAAAAUGCUGCUGGCGUUAAGAUCAUCCAGGCGCCGAAAGGCAUGAGUAGACAGAAGGAGAAUAAGUCACACAUGUCUGCAACAAAAAAGGCUUCACGGAAUAUAGUAUGGACCGUCGAAUGGUUUGAUGAAACCAAGAAACGUGUGGUUACUGAGACAUCCUCUACACAAUCGAUAAAGGACGCACUGCCCUUCGUACAGCAUGGCACAGACGGUACAAGUAAGAAAAGAAAGCUGAACAGCGAAGCCCCUCGUCGUGAAGGUUCACCAACAAAAUCUACGCCACAACCGCAGGAUGACGUUGCGCCCGCUUCAACGGAUCAGGUCAACAAUGCGGAGGCAGAGGUAAUCUCCCCCGCACGAGGAACCCCUGCUCCAGAGCAAAAGGAACGCGCCUCCAAAAGACAAGCGGACAUGACAGACACGCGUACUCGAGACAAUCGUGAUGGUGAGCCAAGCACCCAAUCCAUGGGCGAUGAGCAACAUAGGGUUUUUCUGCUAAAGCCACGCACGAGCACAAAUCGCCACGUCCUCAUACCUCUAGAUCCUUCUCUCACUUUAGGUGAAAGCUUACACGGGCGCACUAUCCUUGAAUUUCCAACCAUUCAUGUAUUUCCUGUUGAUAUGGAGAAGUUGCCAGAAGACUUCAUGUUAGAAGCAGAAUAUGCCUUGUUGGAGGGAGAGCAACAGAAAGAGUUUGACGAGAUGAUGAAGGAGCUUGAUCCUGAGAUAUUGCGACGCCUGAAAGAAGGCGAUGGUAAUGUACAGAUGCACGACAGACCCGACGAGGAUGUCGAUAGUAAGAAGAUACUAGACGUUCUCAAGCAGGAUCUAGGAGGAAGGUUGUGA